AUGGCCGACUCCUCGUCCUCCAGCCUCAAAAGCGGAGCUAGGAGUAGGUCGCGCCGUGCCUGGACCGUAUCUGCCGAAUCAGAUCCGAUGGAGUCAUCGAGCAGGAGCAAUGGGCGGUCUUCGAUUGAAUCUUCAGAGAGGCCUAAAACACAAGCCGGAGAGACGCCGGAUUCCGCAAAGGCUGGUUCCAGCGGAUUCUCCAAGCUGCUCACUUCCCGACGCCGGCGAAAGAAGAGAAACCAGAAAAACGGAAGCGACGCCGACAUGAUCACAGAGCAGGAGCAGGAGCUACGAGAAAUCCCUUCGAACGGUUCUCGCGAUGGUAUUUCGGUAGCAACUUCGUCCAACAACGGCUCUGCUCAGCAGGAAGGUGAGGUCAUCAAUCUGUUGACCGAUGAUUCCGAACCUGACAAGACCCCGCCGCUCACCUCGCAUAACUCCCACACCGGCUUCUAUACCUCCUCUUCCCCGUUAAUCAAGACCACAUCAGUGGACUCUGCGGCAGACAAUGAUGAGACAAUGGCAGAUGUGGAAUCGGCAGUUAGCGGCCCAAGCGCAACCGGAUCGGAAUCGAACCCAGGCGAAAACCCGCCGAGCCAAGGCAUACAGUCGAGUAUGACACUGGACAUUCCGCCGGAUCCCACUAUCAAGCGACGCAGCACUUCGCCUGGACGACGUCUAAAGGAUGCCUUCAGCCCAUCGGAUAAGAAGUCUACAGCUGACGACACCGAGUCUUCAUCACCCAAGUCAGGAAAUAGUAAAGCUAGCAGAGGCAUCUUUGGAAGCCGACGGAGCAGUUUGUCCUCCAGGCGUGCGCAGGCGCAAGCAUCUAAGGACGCUCCUCCGCCUCUCCCCAGUCCUAUUCAAACGAGUAUAGUGGUUACAGAGCCCAAGGAGGAGAAUAUACGCUCUCUGCAAGCUAGCCCACUACCAAAUACCCCUCCUCAUACUGCGAUCCCUGUUUCAGCCCCCGCCACGACUGUGACUCCUCCAACUCCAACCGAACACCGCCCUCAGAUUAUUUCCGAUGAGAUCACGGAUUCACCUGAAUCUAUACCAUCACGGAACUCGAUGUCCUCAGCAGGCAUUACUGUGAGCCCAUCUGGAAAUAUGAUAUCACACCGCCGCGUUCGGUCGGCCUCGGCGGCUCAUGGCCCAAGCAAAUUGUCCACUUCGAUGACCGCAUUGGCCCCUCUGGAGGAGACAAAGACUCCGAAGAGCUCGACAAGUCAACAAGGUGGCUUCUUUUCAUCAAUGUUCUCUGCCGCACAGAAUGCAGCAUCAUCCAUUACCAAUACUCUCAAUGCUCCACAGAAAAAUCGCACCAAUUCUCAGGCAGAGCCUGUUGGUGUCGAUGAAACUCUGGUUGAAAGCAAUCGGGAAUUGCCCCAGGGAGCAUCGGAGAGAACAACCAAUAGUGAGGACGGAAAGCCAACCGCUGUAGAGACUCUUGGAAGUGGUGAUUUGAAUUUCAGUCAUUUGGAUAUCGAUGCGCCCAGUGGCGAGGUGAUUUCUACCGCAGAUGGUGUGGUUGUCACAAAGCCCGGCUCUCCCGAUAAACGCAGGAACACGACCGCAUAUCAGCGAGAUGAAGAAGCUGCAAAACUUGAGGAUAAGCGUGCAGCACGUGCCGUGCACAUGGCAUAUGAAAAGACGCUCGAUUCUGCGCUUCUGGGAUCUCCUGGCGAUGAUGUUCUUGAAUCUCAGUCUGCAACCGAUGGUUUUUUAAGCGGAGACCAUACUCCUCCGACUGGAAGCGUUAUUGAUGGAGAUAUCGGUAGUGGUGGCAUCAGACGUACUGGCAGUGUUCGCAGUCGCCUCGCACGUCGGCAUCGAGGCUCAUCCGGUGCCACUGCCUCGACCAUUGGAGCAAUCGGUGCUAGUGCACUCAAUCUCGGUGUCGCUGGUGUCAAUUCUAGUGUACCUCGCUUGACUGGCUUUGCAGUUGCCAGUAAGAAGCGGAACAGGGACUUCCAUCAAUUAUUCCGAAGUGUUCCAGAGGAUGACUAUCUGAUUGAAGACUACAGCUGUGCGUUGCAGCGUGAGAUCAUUCUGGCCGGUCGCAUUUACAUUUCCGAGGGUCAUAUCUGCUUCUCGAGUAACAUUCUGGGUUGGGUGACUACCCUGGUUAUCAGUUUCGAUGAAGUGGUAGCGAUCGAAAAAGAAAGUACUGCUAUGGUCUUCCCCAAUGCUAUCGCUAUCCAAACUCUUCAUGCUCGCCAUACUUUCCGAAGUCUGCUUAGUCGCGAAUCUACAUAUGAUUUGAUGGUCAACAUCUGGAAAAUCAAUCAUCCUUCUUUGAAGAGUUCUGUGAACGGAACCAGAGUCACAAAUGGCACUGGUGAUAAAACAGAGAAGGUCGGUGAUGGCGAACCAGAGAGCGAUUCGGAGAGCGAUGUCUCGGAUGAGGAUGAGAUUUACGACGAGGACGAAGAGGGAAACAAUGCCGAGAGCUUUUUCGAUGCUGGGGCCAGUGCCAACGUCAGUGACAGGUCAUUGCCAGGAAGAACCGGCUUGAGUCGCCAGCCAUCCGGCAUAUCUGCCAACGGAGCAUCUCCCAUCAGACAAAAUUCCAAUGGAGACGCAAAGAACGGUGACAAGGCGGGCUCCAAAGAAAAUGACUUUCCUGGUCCUGCUACCCAUGCUCCCACAGAAUACUCCAAUUCUGAUGGACAGUAUGAAAAGCUUAUCAAGGAUGAACUCAUUCCUGCGCCCCUUGGCAAAGUUUAUUCGCUUGUCUUUGGUCCAGCAUCAGGAGAUUUCAUGACAAAAUUCCUCGUGGAAAAUCAGAAAUCCGGUGAACUGCAGUUCGAAGGAACAGCCAAGGGACUCACUAACGAAAGUCGAAUCCGCAAGUAUUCUUAUAUUAAGCCGCUCAAUGCCCCCAUUGGCCCCAAGCAAACCAAAUGUAUCAGUACGGAGAACUUGGACUUUUUGGAUUUGGAGAAAGCUGUGCUUGUGACGCUGAGCACUCAGACCCCUGAUGUCCCUAGCGGUAAUGUCUUUAUUGUCAGGACUAAAUAUCUUUUGACAUGGGCCCCCAACAAUCAGACCCGUUUCUUGAUGACCUGUACCAUCGAGUGGACUGGCAAGAGUUGGCUUAAGGGUCCUAUUGAAAAAGGUGCCACUGAUGGACAGACCUCUUUCGGUAACGAAUUGGUCAAAACUCUGCAGGCUGGUGUUAUCUCCCGUGGACAACCUGCUGCCGGUGGUCGAUCUAAAGGUCGCCGGAAGAAGGGCGACGCUGGAGCUCGCGAGUCAUCCGAAGAGACGUCAGUCAAGGCAGUUAGCGAGACCACACCAAACCAGACUGAGUUUUGGGGUCUGUUUGAACCCAUUCGCCCUAUUUUGGAACCAUUUACAAGCAUGCUCAAGCCUUUCUUGAGUAGUGGUCGCAUCGUUCUGCUCCUUGUGGGCCUGUUGCUCUACAUGGCUUUCUUCCGUACACCAUCAAGCCAAGCCGCACUUGGACAACAUUUAGGCUGCCCGGGGCUUAGUCUCCCUCAACGACUGGCUGCAUACGAUGAGAUGUGGCGGCGUGAGGAAAGCGAGCUCUGGAACUGGCUAGAGGACCGAGUUGGCAUGGAUGGAAUGGUCUUCCCUGCUCUGCACCAUCGAAUGCCCGAGCCCGGUCACAAGGCCCCUCGAGUGAGCGUCGCAGACGAGCGUGACCUGGUGGCUCGACUUCGUGAGGAGAAGGUUUCGGACCGAGAGAUGGACCAUGCUAUUCGCACAACACGCCAGCGCCUUGACAUCCUCGAAGAGAUAAUGAACAAUCGUAGAGUCGACCGUGGCCCUCAAGAGCCAAUUCAGUCUGAAUUAUGA